AUGGCCCCUGCCGCUUCCAAUACGGCGAAUGCCUCGCCCGCCAAAAAGACCUCCGCCCCCGAAAAGAAAUACAAGUGCCAGUUUUGCAAUCGCGCCUUCAGCAGAAGUGAGCACCGGAGUAGACACGAGCGAUCGCACACAAAAGAACGCCCCUUCAAGUGCCUAAAAUGCAGAAGUACAUUUGUGCGCCGAGACCUUCUCCUUCGACAUGACCGAACUGUUCACGCCAAAGAUGGCGGGGUACCACUAGUUUCAGAAGGUCGUCGUCGCGGGGGUGCAGGUGUUCGCAAGGCCGCCUCUCCUGCUCCCGCUAAGCCUUCAAUCACCAUCGAUCCUGCUACGCUGGAGCAAAUAGAAGCAAGCAGUGACGGUAUGGUCGACAUUCAAGCGGCAGCAAUGCUGAUGACAGAUUUCCAACAUAAGGCUGCCGCGGCCGCCACUGGUCAGAUCACUGACUGCGCAGAGUCGGAUCGCUCAUUUUCCCCUGGUCGUGGUCCCCUCCUCGAACCCUCUGUGUCUUAUCUCUCGGGUAAUGCGACGUUGCCUCAGAUGCCUUGGGAUUCACUAGUUUCACCUGCAGAUUCAAAGCAUCACAUAAUGUCUCCCUUUACAUCUCAGGACGCUAGCUCGGUGGACCGACAUGUGAACGAUUCGCUCGCGCCUUCGCUCCACUCCUUGGUCAACUCGCUGCCAGUCUCAGGCAACUCCACUCCCAAUGCGUUGUCCCCGUAUCCCUCAAUGACGGGGCCUGUUAGUCCCGUCAAUUAUCGCAGAUCUCCCGGCCCCAGCCAAGCUCUGACGCUACCCAAGGCCCCUCAGGUUGCUGGCGAGAUGGAGCGCAACAUCAUCGCCGAACGUAUUCGGAAUGCGGACGGCCUGGGUGCGCUUCUGGACUCAUUCCAACUUCCGUCGACUGCUGCUCUCAACAAGUAUCUGUCGACUUAUUUCAACUUGUACCAUCACCAUCUUCCUUUCUUGCAUCAGGAGUCUUUCAAGCCCGCUUCUACAUCGUCGCCACUCUUGCUUGCAGUUCUCUCCAUCGGUGCUCUGUACACGUUUGAACGUCAGCAUGCAUUCAUGCUUCACGUUGGAUCGAAGAUGCUGGUCAAUCAGUUCCUCCAGCACAAGGACAACUUUGAUUCAAGAAAGUGCCCUCUUUGGGCCAUGCAAAGCACUCUCCUGAAUAUGAUCUUCGAGAGCUGGAGUGGCGAUCCAAAAGGUCUUGAAUGGACCUGCUCUAUCAAGAGUCUUCUUGCCAAUAUGGUCGCUGGAAAUCGUUAUCAGUUGAAACUUCGCACUGAAGCUCGCGAGGGUGCUCCAACCAGAGAGGAAUGGAUCGAGGAUGAGUCGUGUCGUCGGACCUAUUAUGCUGUGUACAUAUUCUUUGGCAUGCUCACCUUGACUUUCAACCACACCCCAGCAAUGAGUUUUGAUGAAUUUGACAACUUGGAGCUCCCCUCCUCUGAAUCGUUGUGGAACCUUGACACUUGUGAUGACGAGGCAUGGCGUAGGAGUUUGGCUGCUUCCAACUCCAUGACGGUCCGCGAAGCCCACGACUGCCUCUUCCAGGGUGAGCAAACACGCUACAGUGCGUUCGCCACGCGUGUCUUGAUCAAUGCCUUGUUUUUGCAAGUCUGGAACCACAAGCGGAGCUUCGAAGCUCUUCAAGACGUAGUCACUGAGUACAAGCUCCGCUUGGCCUUGGAGACAUGGGAGAACUCGCUCGAAGUUUGCGAACCUGAGACCAUCGUGGUACCCGUCAGCACCCCCCAGAACGGCCAUCCCCUGAUCUUCAACUCGAUGGCUGUGUAUCGCAACACUCGUGCACGCCUAGAGGUUGACCUGAAGUCUAUUCAAGAAGCCCUACGUUACCACUCGUCCUAUGAGGUUGCUGCUGCUAUGACGGUUGCUCGCGAAAAGGUCAAGCGCUCCCAGGAGAUGAACAAGGUUAUUCAAUCAUGCUUCGAAUGCAUUGAGAUCGCAGCCAUUCGAGGAAUUAAUUGGGUUGCCAAGACCUCCGCCACAAACUGGAGCGUCGAGCACCCGCUCUGUGGUCUGGAUUUGAUGGUGAUUCUCAGCCUCUGGCUCUACCGCCUGGAACAUGACGAGGAGCCGGCCACUGAGGCGGAGAUGGCCAUUUACAAUAAGGUUCGGAAUUUGUUCGACGACGAUGCCGUCGACUCGUGUGGUAAACUCAGUUCCACCGUCGCUCGUGUAUGGGGUAAUAUCCUAGACGGUGUGGUGGUUUGGGGAAUUACCAAGCUCAUGGGCGAGUCGUUCAAACUUCAUUCCCAGGCCCUAGUUGGCUAUGAGGACUCUCUGCGAGUCGCCAAGGACCAACCUAUCCAUGCAGUCCCCACGAAAACACUGGCCAGUGUAGGCACAGCUUACUAA